AUGAGCUGGAGGUUAAUUUUUGGUGUCCUCAUUCUAACACUCCUCGGCCUUCGUCCAACCCUGAAACACGGCGAUGUUAUUACCGGCGGCGCUUGUACUACCACUGGAGAUGGAAAACAGGCUGAGCAAAAUCUCUCGAUGGACGAGUUCGUACAUUCGCUCAGUGACAAUCUUAUAUCCUGGAACGAAUAUGCACAAGCCGUGUAUGAGACCAAGGCCAAAGGCGGAAAACAAAACGGCCUUUUGGUGAACACUCGGAACUUGCCGUUAGUUAAGGAAUAUGUUAAAGUCGACUGUCACUUGGUCUGCUGGAUACAAACUGUUCCCAAUCCCCUGUCUUCCCGUGGAUUUUCCGAAAACCAACGUAACCUCGUCUGCAAGCACAUUGUUAAUGCAACAAACUUCAUGCAGCACUCAAGUCAGUCCGCUGUCACCGUCAAGUGUACCGCCCAUCAAUCGGCUAUCAGAGCAGCCCUUAUGUCCACUGUGCCAACCCCGGAAACUCUCUAUCUCACACUUGAGAUCUCAGUUGCACAACUUCACCAUGAGGACUUUAAACACCUAUCAGUCUGGUUACGACGUCUGUCGCUCCAACUCGGUCACACUACCUCCAUUGAUAAAGGUAUACUCACACCGCUUAGGCUAGACUCAUUUAAAGCAGAGGAUUGCGAAGAUGCUGGCUUAUCUGUAACCAACGAUGAAGACAGUAGUGUCUGCAGCGUAGAAUUCAUUUUCUUUUGUCCCGACCGGGACUAUUUUGCUUUGGCCGCAGACCAAACAACACUUAGUAAACAUUGUGGCAAAAAGGAGGCGAGACAGGCAAGGUCGGAAAUGCUGCAGAAUGACCAAGCCAUCAUUGACUUAAACGCUGUUUCUACAAGAAGAACUGCACGUUCUGUUCCACAGGCAGAUUGCUGCAGCUGCGAGGACGUAAAGAGCAUUGUAGCUGCUUUUACACGGGCCAGUCUGGUCAGCGAUGCAAGCACUUGUUCAAAAGACGACGAAUCCAAAAGAUUACUUUUCUUGUCUUUAUGGACUAAUGUGAUUUUAGGCACCCUCCUCCUUAUCGUAUUAAUCCUAGUCUGUGUUUCUUCUGUAAGAUUGCGCAGAAUAUGCAAGAUGCUUGUGACAAAAGAUCCCGUUCAAAGGCCUGAUGGGCGAUGA